AUGAAGGCUUGGGAGGCGACAGUACGUAAAACGCAGGCUGCAGCCAAGAAGCGUGCCAACACGAUAUUUGGGACGUCUUAUGCAGUAGGAAAUGUUGAGGAAGAAAAUGAAGAUCAAGAAGAAGAAGAACAUACAAGUGGAGAAGUGUAUCAUGCAGAGAGAUUUCUCCCCAAUGGUGAUUAUUACACGGGAUAUUGGUCCGAGAAUUUCCCUCAUGGAUAUGGAAAAUACUUGUGGACGGAUGGUUGUUUGUAUGUAGGCGACUGGUUUAGAGGCAAGACAAUGGGAAAAGGUACGUUUAGUUGGCCAUCAGGGGCGAUGUAUGAGGGUAGCUUCAAGAGUGGUUUCAUGGAUGGAGAAGGUAUGUAUACGGGACCGAAUGGGGAUACUUACAGGGGCUCUUGGAUCAUGAAUUUGAAGCAUGGUCGUGGUGUUAAGGAAUAUGGAAAUGGAGAUAGUUAUGAUGGCGAAUGGAGUCGAGGAGUCCACGAAGGAACAGGGAAAUAUCAAUGGAAGAAUGGGAAUUAUUAUGUAGGGAAAUGGAGGAAUGGAACCAUUUGUGGGAAAGGGAAAAUGUGUUGGGCUAAUGGGAAUGUGUAUGAAGGGAAUUGGGAAGAUGGAUUGCCUAAAGGAAAUGGAACAUUUAAAUGGGUAGAUGGGAGUUUUUAUGUAGGGAUUUGGAGUAAAGAUCUGAAGGAACAAAGUGGGUCUUAUUAUCCAUCUGGAUCACUAUUGGAAGGAAAUCUUGAAUGGGAUCCUCAAGAAGUUUUUAACACUGAUUUGAAAGACUGUAAGGUUUGUCCUGGUGAAAAGGUCCUUGUAUGGCCAUCCCAGAAAAAGCUUGCAGUUUGGAGAUCUACAAAGGGCUCAGAUACGAGCGUUAGGCCACGAAGAAUGUCGGUCGACAGUAGAAUAGAUGCUGGUAUAGAUAGGGAUUUCGGUCGAAUGCGGUUGUCUGAUGCUGCGCCUUUGCCUCCGGGUUCUGUUCGGAAUGGAAUGGCCGGAAAUGACUCUGAUGAUGGUUUACAGCUUGACUGUGUAAAUGCAAGAGGCAGCCCUCUAAGGAUACCUAAAGUAGUGAAAAAACAAGGAGAGACAAUAUGCAAAGGGCAUAGGAAUUAUGAGCUAAUGCUCAAUUUGCAGCUGGGAAUUAGGCAUUCUGUUGGAAGGCCCGGUCCACCUCCAUCGCUUGAUCUGAAGCCAUCAGCUUUUGACCCCAAGGAAAAGUAUUGGACAAAAUUCCCUGCCGAGGGAUCCAAAAUUACUCCACCUCACCAAUCCUGUGAAUUUAGAUGGAAAGAUUAUUGUCCAAAAGUAUUCAGGACUCUGAGGAUGUUAUUCAAGGUUGAUCCAGCAGAUUAUAUGUUGUCAAUAUGUGGUGAUGAUGCAUUGCGUGAACUUUCUUCCCCUGGAAAAAGUGGAAGCUUCUUUUACUUAACUCACGAUGAUCGUUAUAUGAUAAAGACAAUGAAAAAAGCAGAAGUAAAAGUUCUAUUAAGGAUGCUAAACGCGUAUUAUAAUCAUGUUCGUGCAUUCGAGAAUACCCUAGUGACAAAAUAUUUUGGGCUGCAUUGUGUAAAGUUGAAUGGUCCUGCUCAAAAGAAGGUGAGGUUCAUCAUCAUGGGAAAUCUCUUCUGUUCCGAGUAUAUGAUCCAUAGGAGGUAUGAUUUGAAGGGCUCGACUUUUGGCCGACUAACUGAUAAACCCGAGUCAGAGAUUGAUGCUACGACAACUCUCAAAGACCUUGAUCUUAACUUCAUCUUUCGACUUCAAAAGACGUGGUUUCAAGAUUUUCGUAGACAAGUUGACAGGGACUGUGAGUUUCUUGAACAUGAGAGAAUUAUGGACUAUAGCCUUCUGGUUGGUCUCCACUUCACAGAAGCGUCACUUGAUGACCAUACUUCCUCCGGUGCUAUAACCCCCGUUGAUAAUGGUGGCUCGGAAACUGACUCAAUUUCGUGUCUAUCAAGAGCAAAUGUGGAUCAAUUGCUUCUAGACCCCGCAGGGUGGGCAAGUAUAAGAUUGGGAAUCAACAUGCCAGCAAGAGUUGAAAGAACUGAGAGGAAUAAUGACAUUGAAAUCCAACUAGUAGGAGAACCGACUGGGGAAUACUAUGAUGUGAUUAUGUUUUUUGGUAUCAUAGACAUUCUGCAAGACUAUGACAUUACAAAGAAGCUUGAACAUGCAUACAAGUCCAUCCAAUACGAUCCUAACUCAAUCUCGGCUGUCGAUCCUAAGCAAUACUCGAGGCGUUUUCGCGAUUAUGUACUCGGAGUUUUUGCAGAAGAUACAUAA